AUGAAAACAGCAGAGAUCCAACAUGGCGGCAGCAGCGGCGGGAAAACUGCAGCUGAAAACAGCAGCCCAGCUGAAAACAGCAGCCCAGCUGAAAACAGCAGCUCACCUGAAAACAGCAGCCCAGCUGAAAACAGCAGCUCACCUGAAAACAGCAGCCCAGCUGAAAACAGCAGCUCACCUGAAAACAGCAGCCCAGCUGAAAACAGCAGCUCACCUGAAAACAGCAGCACAGCUGAAAACAGCAGCACAGCUGAAAACAGCAGCUCAGGUGAAAACAGCAGCCCAGCUGAAAACAGCAGCCCAGCUGAAAACAGCAGCCCAGCUGAAAACAGCAGCCCAGCUGAAAACAGCAGCCCAACUGAAAACAGCAGCUCAGGUGAAAACAGCAGCUCAGGUGAAAACAGCAGCCCAGCUGAAAACAGCAGCCCAACUGAAAACAGCAGCCCAACUGAAAACAGCAGCUCAGGUGAAAACAGCAGCUCAGCUGAAAACAGCAGCCCAACUGAAAACAGCAGCUCAGCUGAAAACAGCAGCUCAGGUGAAAACAGCAGCUCAGCUGAAAACAGCAGCUCAGCUGAAAACAGCAGCCCAACUGAAAACAGCAGCUCAGCUGAAAACAGCAGCUCAGGAUUAGAGCAGAACACUCACAGAAAUAAUGUCAUAAAUGUGAUUCACUUUACUCCAGGAUCUAUACUUGACAAAUAUGUGCUUGGAGAGAAGCUGGGACAGGGAAACGGUGGCACUGUCUAUCUGGCUACACGGAAAUCUGACGGCCAGAAGGUUGCCAUAAAAGUUGUGAAUAAGGACUUAAGGAGUUUCGGAUACUGGUACACUAUGAAUGGACGUACUAUCCCGGAAGCAUAUCAUAUGAUGGUCCUCAAGGAACCUCCGCUCUGCCCGCACAUCAUUGAGCUGUACGAGUACGCCAUGGAGGGAAGGAAUAACUACCUGGUCAUGGAGUACGCGUCCUCGUACAUAACCUUGGAUAAAUUCAUCAGGAAGAACAAUGGCCUCCUGAGUGAGAGUGUUGCGCGGCAGCUGAUCAUGCAGCUCAUUAUCGCAACACAGCGCUGCCUUGAGCAUGGCAUAGAACAUGAGUCCAUACAUAAAGAAAACAUCCUGGUCAAUCCAAAGACCCUGCAGCUCAAGCUGAUUGAUUUUGGCAACAGUUAUUAUACUCAAAAAGGCUACUGGAGAUCCCCCUAUCUUGGAGUAACGAGAUACCGUCUACAGGAGGGGGAACCCUACAGAUCCAUUCGUUUUGCUGUUGAUUCACAUGUCAUGGCUGUUUUACUAAUGCUGUCCUAUAUGGUCAAUGGAUAUUUCCCUUACUCCAGAUAUAAACGUCCACGAUUUCACCCCAGAUUGUCAGCAGAAUGCAAGGAUCUUCUUCGGUGGAUAAUCAGUUACCACCCUCGAACAGGACCUGUUUUAGAGGAGAUUAUAGAGCACAAGUGGUUCAGCAUGACGUAGAGCCCAUCAGCAGCAGGAAACAGGUUUUAUACUUCCAUUUACGUCAGAUUGUUUUGCUGUUUUCCGCUUCUGCUUCCCAAAUUCUGCACUUCCUCCUGCGAGUGUUGCAGUCAGAGCUGCAUGUAAAUGAGGGCCGGUUGAAGCGUCCCUAUUGGUCCACCAGCUCUAGACCGACAGCUCCUCCUUUAGCCAAUCAGGUGAGGAAGGAAGCUGAUGUCAGUCUAAUGGCGGCCGAUGCGCACAGGCGACGCCGGAGAUUGAGUGUUAGCGCUAAUCCUCAGCUGGGGUAGAAUGUGUCUGCGGCAGGACAGCAUUAAUCGUUUGAAAUAAGUAAAGGAAAGCAGGUUCAUUCACGUUUAGACAGGACGUAGUGUUUGAUAUGAACUGGGUUAGCACCGACUGUAGAGUAAAUAGUCAUAUUAAGGGAAAUAGUCACAGAUUAAUAAAUGAAACUGCUGGAAAGGGGGAUUUAUUAGCAUACUGGUGUGGUUUAUUUCUCUAGCUGUAGGAUUAAUAUUAAAUGGUAAAGUCUGUGUAUUAUUACUGUAGUGCGUCAAUACUUUAUAAAGACAGAAAGCCUGGUUUAGACCGUGCUUGUAGCUCUAACGGGACUUUAGGCAGGUUUACGUGAGAUAAGCGCAUAUAACAGGGGCGUCGUGGGCCGGUUUUGAAGGCGUUUUCUCUUUAACAGAUAGGAUAGGGUGGUGUAGAUGGCGCUGACGGGGCAGGAUUAUAUGGGCCGAUACGCUAGAUAUAAGAGCCUCCUGCCACAGACAGAUUUUAGCCCAGCUGUGGAUUUGUCAGAUCUGAUGAGGAUUAUUUCUAGUGCUGCUGCUCUCAUCUUUCUGCUUUCUUCUUCUUUCACUUGUUCUCCAAGCGAGCGCUGGAUUUCUGCAGAUUAGCUUUAACAUAAACCAGCAGCUCAAAUAGUUUAAUUUUAACCGCAGGGUUUGGUAAAUAACAGCAUUUUAGUCAAGACUGGGGGAUUUAGAUAGUGUUUAUGGACGCAAGUGUAGUUUAGAGUUGGACUUUGUAAUAGAUUUAUUGAUAUUAUUAAGCUCAUUGAUAAUGUUGUGGAAAUCCUGUGCUCGUUUGUAGAAAUUCAUUGGUCCUCAUUGAUGAAACAUUUGUAAAUAUCGGAGUAAGUUAGUGAUAGAUAAAGGGUGGAUAGAUAAUCGGGUUCGUUAAUAAAUUAUCAUCAGUCAGGGUUAGGGUUUAGAGUUAGACAUAUAGAAAAUAGAGGAAUAAUUAUCUUUCAUUAAUGAGGCCAAAUCUCAGCUCUUUCUUUCUUUUUCUGCUUUUUCUGCUUUCCCAGUUCCUCUAAACAUUUUGUUUUGGGAUUAGGGUGUUUGUUAGGGUUAGGGUUGGGUUAGGCCUUUAUUUUGAAGGGUUAGGGUGUUUGUUAGGGUUAGGGUAAGGGUUGGGUUAGGCCUUUAUUUUGAAGGGUUAGGGUGUUUGUUAGGGUAAGGGUUGGGUUAGGCCUUUAUUUUGAAGGAAGGGUUAGGGCUGGGGUGUUUGUUAGGGUAAGGUUGGGUCAGGUUAGGGUUUGGUUAGGAUUAGGUUUGGGUUAGGCUUUUAUUUUAAGGGUUAGUUAUUCAUUGUUUUGCUUUAUUUCUGGUUUCUUUAGUUUCUCCUGUCUGUCCUCUUCUCCAUCUCUGUUGUGUGAGCACUGCACAGAUUGUUAUUUAAGAGCGAUUGUUAAUUAUUAUACACUUCUCUGUCCUCGCCUGUGGGGAUUGGUCGCCAUUAGAGUGACGUCAGCUUCCCUCCUCGCCUGAUUAGCUGGAGGAGGAGCUGUUAAUCUAGAGCUAAUGGACCAAUGGGGAUGCUUCAGCCGGCCCUCAUUUGCAUGCAGCUCUGACUGCGACACUCGCUGGAGGAAGUGCACAAUGUGGGAAGCAGAAGCGGAAAACAGCAUCAUGUCAGAAAACAAUGGAAGUAUGAACUCCUGAUGAUGUUAUUUCGUCACUGACCACAUGUGUGCUGCUCUUUCUAUGAUUUCUGUGAAAUUGAGACUAUGACCCCUAUGGAGUGUGUUGAAGCUGUUUUCUGUUGAUCAAACUGUAAACUAUUGUCUUCAUUAAACUGUAUCUUUGACUCCUGCUCUUUGUUCAUCACACCACAGACCUAAGCUUUUCUCUCAUCAUGUGCUGCAGAUGAUGUGAUAAUAAAAGUGAUUUGAUUUGACACAAAACGAUACGUCAAACAUGUUUUUAUAACUGCAGACUCAAUUUAGCCUUCAUAUAACAACAUCAUGUAAUGUUUAAAGCUCAUUGCCUUGCCAUUUGUAGGAUAAUAUGACACACUCCCCACAUCAUUCUUUAAAACGGUGUUCAACUGUCUAGAAAUGGAUCUCCUAACAGUGGUAAAUGCUUCACUUCUCUCAGGGACUUUUCCAAACAUACCCAUAACUGCAAAGAGCAUCCUUGAAAUCACCCUAUCAUUGAAAAAAAAAGCUGUUUUUAAGCAAGUUAACACGUUCUUAAGCUGCAAGGGGUGUUUAGACAGUGUUCAAUCUGGUUUCAAAGCACAUCACAGUACAAAGAGCGCUCUUAUAAGGAUAAUCAAUGACAAUCGCCACAAUAUGGAUUCAGGUAAACUAACAGUGCUGGUACUGCUCGAUCUCAGUGCUGCGUUUGACACUGCGAUUACAGUUUACUUCUGUUUUAGGAUUGAAAGAUUUUACAAUGUUUUAAGACUAGAAUUGUAAGAUUUUACAAU